AUGGAUUCCCCUUCACGGUCGUCGUCGCGGUCCCGCAGGAUAUCCAGGCCCACGACCCCUCUUCGGCCAGGCUCCAGGUCUUCUGUCCGCGAGGCGCAUGGAUAUGACAGGAAGAUCAGCAGAGUGCCGUAUACGCAGCCCGCCAUCAAUGCCCUUGAGCCACAGUUUGCGGAUCUUGCCGACCGUAUGGCUGAACUGGAAGCGAAUUUCGACAAGCUACAGUUAAUGCAUGAGAGCCUGACGCGCUUCAGCGAGAGCUUUGCCAGUUUUCUCUACGGAUUGAAUAUGAAUGCGUUUUGCGUAGACUUUCCAGAGGCACCAAUCGCCGAGUCCUUCCGCAGGGCGAAGCAAGCUGAGGCGCAAAAAGAGGCUGAAGAAGAAGAAAUCGCAAAAUCUAGCGAAGCCGACAUGACGUUUAUGACUUCGGAUACCACCUUCAUCGAGCACCCCCCGAGCACGGUCUCUUCGAAACCUACAUCCAAGUCUGGUACAUCUCGUGGAAGAGGGCGAGGAGCUAGUACUAGUACUAGUACUCGCGGGUCGACGACUAGUCGUUACGCGACUAGGGGCCGAGGCCGUCCUAGUGCCUUGCCUCGAGGAAAGAGCAUGCGGUGA